CCUUUGCUCGCUGCCCACCAACCGCAGAGCCGAUCGAGAAGAGAGCGGCUGUCAUCUCUUCCUCCUAGCUCGGUUGCCGCGGCCGCCUCCUCCGGAUUCCGGAGGUGAAGAAGGCGAAGCUAAGAAACAUGGACGUGACCGUCGCCCCACUCCGCGCCUGGGACGAUUUCUUUCCGGGCUCUGACCGUUUCGCCCGGCCAGACUUCAGGGACAUUUCCAAAUGGAACAACCGUGUCGUGAGCAAUCUGCUCUAUUACCAGACCAACUACCUAGUGGUGGCUGCCAUGAUGAUCUCCGUCGUGGGGUUUCUGAGUCCCUUCAACAUGAUCCUUGGAGGAAUUGUGGUGGUGCUGGUGUUCACAGGGUUCGUGUGGGCAGCCCACAAUAAAGACAUCCUCCGUCGGAUGAAGAAGCAGUACCCCACCACGUUUGUGAUGGUGGUCAUGUUGGCCAGCUAUUUCCUCAUAUCCAUGUUUGGGGGAGUCAUGGUCUUUGUAUUUGGGAUCACUUUUCCUUUGUUGUUGAUGUUCAUCCAUGCAUCACUGAGACUGCGGAAUCUCAAGAACAAGCUGGAGAAUAAAAUGGAGGGAAUAGGUGUGAAGAGGACGCCAAUGGGCAUUAUCCUGGAGGCUUUGGAACAGCAAGAGGAAAGCAUCAGCAAAUUCACUGACUAUAUCAGCAAAGUGAAGGAAUAAACCAUUUACCUGGGGGUAGGGUUGCUGCAGAAAUUGAGUUGCAAUUUGUCAUCUGGAUCUACUUUUGUUUGUGUUUUUAAAAUAGGAGGUGCACGUUUUACUAUCUACCACCUAUAGCAGCAUGCGCAUACUGGCCCCAUCUUAACAUCUCUGAUGUCACAGAGCGAACCACCCUCUCGUGUUGUUGUCUGAGGUUUCCCAUGUGACAACGAAAGAGAUCUGUGGAUUCUCCAGCAACAAUACUGCUAUCUCGUAGGGAGAAAAAUAAUUGUAAAUUCUCAAGGCAAUAGGAGCCAAUGAAAAGGCUGUCAAAGGAAAAGAAAAAUAAAUAAAAAGAGAAAAGUCUGUCAGAGUAGGUGACAUCAUGUGUGAGCCUGUUUUGAAUCCUUCGGGGCACCUUCUCCGAAAUUCCCUAGGAUGGUAUUGUGUGAGGUAUCAAUUAGUUUAGUUUGUAUUAUUAUUCUUUAAAAAUCAAAGAUGAAUUAUUGUUUUGCCACCUGUUUGACUUGCAGUAUAACUGGAUAAGCCAGUUGUUUAUACUUUGUUUACGAAUAUAAAGGUAGCUGUUUAGGACAAUAUUUUGUUAAAUUUUUGUAAAUUUUUGAAAUGCUAGUAAUAUGUAUUCACCAGCAGGUAUUUGUUGCACAUUUUGUCAUCUUCCUUGAUGAGGCAGCUUCCAGCUGUGUAACCUGUAUUAUUCUUGAAUUACUUGUUAAAAAGAAAAAACAGAAAAUAAAACCAAACUUAAGUUGUUUA